UCUAUGUCUGUACAUCUCUCUAUUAAUUGCUUACUGGCCUGAGUGUCAAGGUUAUAGGAAUUCCCUGGUAGUCCUUGUAUUUUCUCUGUUCAAGAUCUCCAUACUCUCAUGUCUAUGAUCAUCCACGUGCAUUGAAAUGAGUGAUGAAAUUGUCGUGUGCGACGUUUAAUAGCCAGUUGGUGUUCACGUAGACGAAGACAAAGAGGGCGACCGCUUCGUCCAAUGUAGUGUUGACCACAGUUAUUGCAGUUAAUUUUGUAAAUGAUAUUUAAUUCGUCUUCUUUGUCUUUUGCGUCCUUUAGUUUUCAUAAUAUAGUUUGAAGGGAAUUUAUUGAUUUAUGAACCACACCAAUUCCAAGUAGUCUCAGUAAUCUUGUGGGAUCUCGGAUGUGUUCCUUAUGUAUGGUAGGAUAAUCUGUCUGCUGAUUUUCUUGGAUGAUAUUGUACUUGACAGUGAAUUGGAUAAGCGUCCUGUGAUUAAGUUUCGUGAAUAACCCUUUCUUAUUAGGGUAGACAUUAAUUCAAAAGGUUGUUGUUUGAAUUCACUCCAAUCAAAAUGACCUAGAGAAAACAGUUCAAUUUAAACAGUGUGAAACCCCAAAUUUGAUUGCUAAACGAUUUCGCCCUCAUUUCACUAAUCUGCCAGCAUCACGACAAAUUAUUCCACCUGGAGGUCGUGUGAUGCUUAGUUGUACAGCUGUUGGCGCGCCUGUGCCAAGUGUUCAAUGGUUUAAAGGGAAACAACACUUACAGCGAGAACAGUUGAGUAAACAACCACCGGGUACUGCAAAACUUCUUCUAACAGACUUAUCUGAAUCUUUGAAUGUGACAUGCGUUGCUGAAUCGACAAUGGGACGAAUUUAUCACGAUGUACAAGUGAUUGUAAAAAAUUUGCCUAACCCACCAGGAGAAUUUCAGUUAAUUGAACUAGCUGCUACACAUGCACGUCUAGCAAUGAAACCAAGCACUAGCUCAGUAUCAGCAGUUAGAAGUUAUCUAAUCCUUUGGUUGCCAAAUAGUCAAUUUACAAAUCAAACUUUAUAUGAAUUACCCAGUCAAGCAAAUCUUUUAAUCAGUCAACCUUCUGAUCAAACUGAACCGAUAAUAUUGUCUAACACAGAAGAGCCAAAUCUUAUCAUGCUGCCAAAAUCCCUGAAAAAUGUCAGCCGUUCUUCGUUAACUAAUCUUCACCAACAUUCAUCUGAUCUUCAUAACUCCGAGGUGAAUCAACAGGCUUUGCUUACCAUUGAACCUAAGGAUUCCACAUUUCUCUACAAUGUGAUAAUUAUCUCACUCACUCAGUUGAAACCAUACACUGAGUAUACAAUAUGGGCAAGAUGUGUCGGUCCAGAUGGUGAUACAUCUUUACCUAGUCAACCGUUCACAUUUACGACAAGAGAACUUGCUCCAUCAAGUCCACCACUGCAUGUUCACUCUCAAGCACUUUCAAAUGCUGCAGUCACUGUCUACUGGGAUCCACCAAGUGAACCAAAUGGUCGAAUACGAGCAUAUCGAAUCUACUAUACACAUAAUCCUACAUUAGAAUUCUCUUAUUGGGAUACAAGUAUUGUCAAUCUACAAGCGUUGAAAUCUCCAUCGGCCACCAGUACAACCUUGAAUAAUGGUAGAAAGACGAAUCUUCCUGGUCAUCUAUCAAUUCUAUCACAUUUGACAACAAAUGCCACCUAUUAUAUACGUGUUAGUGCUGUAAAUGGACAAGGUGAAGGACCGGCAUCAGAUGUCUCAGUUGUAAUUGUUCGACCUGGAGUUCUAUCUCGACCACAGAAUUUCAAUGCAACUACAAAAUCCUCGUAUGAAGUUAUGUUGCAAUGGCAGCCACCAAGUGAUGUUGAUCCAAAUUCACGUCCAUUGGAGUAUUAUGAGUUGAAUUAUACUCCAGUGCCAGAGUUAAAGACACCGGAUCAUUUAAACACAUGGUUUAGUCAAACACAAUCAAAAGAUCAAGUGAUAGAACCAGCUAAACGAAUAAGAUCAGAAGCAAUCAGCUAUCUAGUUGAUAAUUUAGAACCGAAUACACGUUAUCUCUUCAAUCUAGUUGCAGUAUCCAAAACUGGACCUGGUGUAAAAGCAACAACAUUUGCACGAACCAGUCAAUUUAUUCCACCGGCACCAACCAAUCUAUCCGUACAGGCUGUUAGCGCCAACCGAUUACAAGUAAAAUGGCAACGCCCAAUAAUCAAUGGCCCACCAUCUGUGGUAAUAUCCACUCGUAUUGCUUAUUAUGAUUUAAACUGGCGUCAGUCGGAUAGUGAAGGUUUAUGGUUGCGCACUGAUAGUGUAUCUUCAAACUCGCUUCCAUCAUGGUCCAAUCAGCCAGGUAAUAGUGGAGUAUAUGAAGCGAACACUUUUGGCAGUCUACAAGUCCCAGUUCACAGAAGUGGUUAUGAUUCAUCAGAGAAUUAUACAGACUCACUGAACACAUGGUAUACAGCUAAUAUCACUGGCUUACAACCGUCUACAUAUUAUGUGAUCCAUGUAAGUGCUGUCUCACCGUCUGGUUCAGGAGACAAGGCUAUUUCAAGACCAGUGAAAACAUGGGAUGAACCACCAUCUGCUCCACAAAAAUUGUAUUUAACAAGUCAAAUCAUUCCUCCUCAAUUAGAUACAAAUCUUCCACCUAAAGUUUUAAUUCGUGUAUCAUGGGAACCAGUCUGGUUAGACAGUCGUUCUUCUACUGUUGAUAAAUCAACAAUAUACAGAAUUCGAUGGUAUUUAACUAAAAUGAAAUUUUUACACGGUGAAGUUAAUCUUACUGAAACUACUUGGAAUGCUCCAUCUGAUAUAUUUUUGCUUGGAAUGAGUUAUGAAUUUCGUGUGGCCGUCAUCACUCCAUUACAGAUAGGCUAUGAAGCUGUGGAAACAAUAGCUUUGGAUGGAACAGCACCGACAAAUUCUCCAACGUCAAUACAAGUCAGUUAUUCCAUGGAUCAGGUUAUACUUUCAUGGAAUCCACCUGAUUGGGAUCAUAGACAUGGUUUAUUUGAAGCUUAUGAAAUAAAAUGCUAUUCAACGAAAUUGUCUACACAUGAUGAUGAUGAUGAUGAUGCAAUACACACCUUAUCUGAAAGUUAUACCAAUUCAUAUCAUCAACAUCAAUACAUUAAUAUUACUCUGUUGAAUAGUCGAAUCCAAUGGCCUAUUACAGCACCAAAUGAUUUGACUAAUAUUGUCCCAUGGCCAAGUGGACAACUACGUUUAAAUAUUCCAAAUAAAUACAGAGGAGAAAUUGAUUCUACAAUAGAUAAGCAUAAAAAUAGUCACAAGAAUAAAAGUAAUGAUGAAAUAAUAUACGCGUGUAUAAUUCGUGCAAGAAAUAUAUAUGGAUUUGGACCUUGGUCAACAGAGAAGAUAAUGAUACCAAAAAAACCAUCUAUACCACCUCCACCAAAAAAUAUUCGUGGGCUAUUCUUGACAAAAAAUCAACUACGCAUAAGUUGGUCUCUGCCAUCUGAUAUGAUUCAAACAAUUUCACCUAAUCUAAUUAGAAGAUUAACUGAAAAAGAACUUGAAGCAAUGAUCACUUAUUCAGGUAAUAGUUAUUCACGUUUUGCAGUAUACAUCAGUCCAAAAUUGAAGACCAAUUGGAAACGUUAUGUAACUAAAGGUCCAACAACUGAGAUAAUUUUAGAUGACUACAAUGAAGAAAUAACCUAUUUGGUAAGAGUUAGUUCAAUCGGUGUGAAUGAACAAGAAAGUAAAUGGUCAGAGCCUGUUUCAACACAACGUAUAAAAUUAAGUCAGUCUAAUUUAGCUGUUAAAGUGUAUAAUGUCAAUUGCCGAUUAUUUUACCGUUCUCAAACAAAUUUAUGGCAAUUACAAGUGAAAUGGGAAGUCCCAAAACACUUACAAAUCAGUCCAUAUUUUGAUCAAUUGUCGCAUUAUCGAAUCAAUUAUACUUUGAUCGGAUCAGUAUCAAAAUAUGAAUCAGUUGAUUCAUCAUCUAGCCGGGAGUUAUCUUUAAAACGAUUAGAAUUUCAUAGACAUCAAUUCCUUCUCUACCAGUGGUUGUAUACAUCAAUGUCGAAUUCAAUUUAUGCUGUAUCUAUAAGACCAGUAUUCAAAGGAGCAUCUAAGCUGGAUACUGAUGUAUAUAUUACUGAACCAUACGGGAUUGUAGAAAAUACAUUUUGUUAUGUACCAAAGAAUGGCAUACUUCAUGUUCCAGUUCCGUUAAUUCUAUCCAAUCCACUAAUUGAUAAAUCUGCUUAUUUCUUAAUUGGUUUAAAAUCUGUUCAAUGGAUAGUAUCAACAUCAUAUAAUACUUCAAUUAUCUAUGAAUUAUUAGCUUAUAAACUUCCAAUACCGAAUAAUAUCAAUAAUGUAGAACAAAUAAGAUUAGGUCAAUGGAAUUCAAGUCAAUUAUUUCAUCAAUCAACUGAUAAACAAGUUCAUAUAGAAUUGAGUCAAUCUAUACACGAUACAUCAUUAAGAUAUGAGAAAAGGUCAACAAAAUUACUGAUUGGUAAAGCAUUACCAAAACAUCAAGAUUUUGCAUUAUGCACAAGAGUUUGCUUUCAACCAAGUAAACAGUUCUACUCAUUCCAUAUGAUGGAUAGUGGUACUUGGAGACAGGAACCAAUUUGUUAUGAAUCUGAAUGGAUUCAGCCUGUUUCUACAAAUCGUCCUUCUCUACCAGUUAGUCAGCUAAAUAAUUCGAUUAAUCAACUAAAUAAUGUAGAAAUCUAUGAUCCGGAUAAAUUUUUGUGGUCAACCAACUCAUUUGGAACACACAGUCCACCUCCAUCGGAUGAUGCAACUGCUCAAGGACCUGUUCGUGAUAUUAAUAUUGUAUCAAAUCGAUAUGAUAAUCAUCAAUUAUAUAAUAGAAAUCAAUUAUCAUAUGAAAAGAUUCAACAAUUAUCUAAUAAUAUAAAUCAAUUACAUCAUGUUAAUGAUGAUAAUGAUGAUGAUAAAUCUUCAUUGAAUAAAGUUCAUAUCACUUCACAUUUAUCACAUAAUUCACAAAUAACUUUAUUAACAUCUGUUAAAUGGAUAAAUAAAAAUCAAUUAUCAUCAAUUAAAAAAUUAAAAAAUCGUUAUUAUAUAAAUUAUAAUAUUUUAAAUCGAUUAAAUUUUAAUCAAUAUAAAAAUAAUCGUAAACUAUUUAAUUUAAAUGAAAUACAUUCACCACCACCUGAUAGUAAUUCAAUAACUGCUAAUCUACAUUCAAAUUUAACAUCUUAUUCAUCACCUACAAAUUGUUUACCUAUCUCAUCUAUAUAUGAAUAUUCUAGUUAUCAUAAUCAUAAUAAUAAUAAUAAUAAUAAUCCAACAAUUAAUACUACUUUAUUAUAUUCUCCAUCAAAUAAUGAAAUGAGAAAUUUUAUUAAUCCAUUACAUACAAUUAAUGAUAUAGAUCAUUUUGAUAAUUUACAAAAUGAAAUCAAUCCUAAUUAUACAUCUGAAUCACCGAAUACAACUUUAUGCAUAACAACAACAACAACAACAUCGAAAUUGAAUUGUAUUGAUACAAUUUCAUUGAAUAAUCAUUUAUAUCAAUUGAAUUCACCAUCAUCAUCAUUAUCAUCAAAUAUUGUAUAUCAAUCAAAUUAUUUAAUAUCUAAUGGAAUUGGUGGAUUAGGUAGCUUAAAAUCUGUUAGUACAAUAGGAUUAAAAAGUUUACAACCAAUACAUCCUAAUGGUAGUGUAAAUUUAGACUACAGUGGAUUAGUAUCUCCAGUUUCUACACAACAUAGUAAACAUAUAAUAAAUUCUAUUCCAAACAGGUCACAAAUAUUUAAGCCUAUACCAAUAUCAAGUUUAAUAGAGCAUGUACAAAAUUUAAAAGUAGACAACGGACGUUUAAUGGCAGCUGAAUUUGAAUCAAUUGAUCCAGGUGGUCCAUUCACAUGGGAGCAUUCUAAUCGACCCGGUAAUCGAAAUAAAAAUCGAUAUGCUAAUGUUGUUGCCUAUGAUCAUUCACGUGUUGUCCUUCAAUUGAAUGCAAAUAAUGAGCCAGAUUCUGAUUAUAUUAAUGCAAAUUAUUUAGAUGGUUAUUGUAAACAAAAUGCGUAUAUUGCUACUCAGGGUCCAUUACCUCAUACAAUAUCUGAUUUUUGGCGUAUGGUUUGGGAACAACGUUCUGCAAUGAUUGUAUCAAUGACACGUCUUGAAGAGAAAGCUCGUGUAAAAUUGAAUUUUCGAACUUCAGCUAAUUUGAAAGAAUCAAUUGAUGAACAUGAUGUUGAUACUUUAAUAAAUGGUGAUUUAAUAUUCACUAAUGAACUUUCAUAUAUAUCACAAAGUACAAUGAACUUUGGUGAUAUUUCUGUCAGUUUGUUGGACACAAUGGAAUUGGCUUAUUAUACUGUUCGUUCAUUUGUUCUACAAAAAGCUGGGAUGUCAGAAACUAGAGAAGUUCGUCAACUUCAGUUUACCGCUUGGCCAGAUCAUGGGGUACCAAAUCAUCCAGCUCCUUUAUUGAUGUUCUUAAGACGUGUUCGUGCCGAAUGCCCUACAGACUCAGGACCUAUUGUUGUACACUGUUCUGCUGGUGUUGGAAGAACUGGUGCAUUUAUACUACUGGAUAUACUACUUGAACAAAUGCGUCAUGAGAAAGCUGUAGAUGUAUUCAGUGCAGUUAGUCGGUUACGUGCACAACGUAAUUUUAUGGUACAAACAGAAGAUCAAUAUGCAUUUAUCUAUGAAGCUUUAGUUGAGGCUGCAUCCAGUGGGAAUACAGAGAUACCAGUACAUCAAUUAGGUGCUCAUUGGACACGUCUAACUGAUUUGAAUCGUAUGAAAUGUCAAGAUCAACAAUUGACUAUAAAUCAAUUAAAUCUCUCCGUCAAAUCAUCGAUUUAUACAAAUUCAACUAUAUCAACUGGCUUAGAAUUGGAAUUUUAUCAUUUAUUGACACAAUCAAAUCUGACUAAAGUGAUAUCUUCUAUCCCUUCAUCAAUUGGCUUAUUGUCACCGAUUGAUCCAUUUUCUAUUAAAGAUGAUGAAAGAGGGAACAAUGGGUGUUCAAGUAUACCUCGACUACCCCCACCAGUUGGAUUAAGUGGGAAUAAAGCGGCAACAGCAGCUACUCUACCCGUUAAUGCAUCAAAAAAUCGUCAUAUCAAUAUAAUACCUCAUGAUGCUAAUCGUGUUGCUCUAAAAGCUGUUCGUGGUGUUGACGGUUCAGAUUAUAUUAAUGCCAGUUACAUUGAUGCAUACAAAUCACGAGCAGGUUAUAUUGCAACACAAGUUCCAAUGAUUAACACACUAGAAGAUUUCUGGAGAAUGAUUUGGGAGUCUGGUUCAUGCUUAAUUGUCAAACUUGAUAGUACACUUAAUAUAAUCAAUGAUGUUAAAUUUAUCGAUUCACCAACAUACUGGCCAAAUUUACAGUCAGCUCGUCAUGGAUUUCUUGUUAUCGAUCCAAUAGCUACAUAUACUAUGCCAGCGUAUAUAAUGCGUGAAUUACGCCUAACAGAUACACGUGAUGGCUCAACGCGUACAGUUCGUCAAUUUGAUGCUAGUUCAACAGCAGAUGCAAUCAUCCAUCUUGAACGACAAACAUACGCAUCUAAUGACAGUUCUAAAUCAAUGAUAACCGACAGUCUACGACGCGACUUCAAUGAAUUCCUUGAAGCUUCAUCGUCUGUAGUCACACCAACACCAACAACAUUACUACCGAAUCCUUUACUAUUAGAGGCUUCAUUUACAGAGGAUGAUUAUCUACGAGUGAAUCAGAUACCCAGUAGUUUGAUGACAACAUUUCGACAAUGCUACCAACCAUUGUGUGAAGCAAUGCUUGAAUUGAUCAGUCAAGUACAUAAGACUAAAGAACACUUUGGUAUGGAUGGACCUAUUACUGUACAUUGCAAUUUUGGUGCUGGAAUGACUGGUGUCUUCUUGGCCAUUUCACUUGUACUUGAACGUAUGCGUUAUGAGGGUGUUGUAGACAUGUUUCAAACUGUUAAACUUUUACGAUGGCAACGUCCUGGUCUAAUACAAACUGCUAGUGAAUAUGCAUUCUGUUAUGCAACUGCAUUAGAAUAUCUUGAGUCUUUCGAAAGAUAUGCUACAUAA